GUCUGUUUGUGCAGCCAUGGCCGACUCUCAGACUAAGACAGCCAUCAGCGUCCACCGUUGCAGAUUCGUCGACUACACUCCUUCUUCAAUCACUGCCUUGGCCUUUCCCCCUCUCCCUCUUCCCUCACCCAAAGGAAAGGAUACAGCAGCAGCAGCCCAGUUUCCACAUUUUGCAAGUCUUGCUGUCGGGCAUGCUAAUGGGAACAUCGAUCUUUGCUAUUGGUCAGGCGAGAAGGAUGGGCUACAAUCACCCCAAGCUUGGGUAGUGACCAGGACACUACCAGGUCUAUAUCCAUCCAAAGUCGACUCUCUUGCCUUCUCCAUACGAUAUCCACGUCAGGUUCUCUCUGAUGAGGUUCCAAAUCUCGAUGCACUUCGGUUAUUCAGCUCGGGCGGCGGCAGUGAGCUACUGGAAUGGGACACAGAUCGGUGCUGCGUGCGAAGAACUAUAAGCUCCCAGGGAGGCUCUAUUUGGUCCAUCUCAGUUAACCCAGCGUCGACGCAACUAGCAAUGGGAUGCGAGGACGGAAGUAUACGCAUCCUGUCUUUGCUAGAGGAUGAUUUAGUUCACCUUCGAAAGUUCGACCGCGUAAAAUCUCGACUGUUGAGCAUUGCUUGGGGUCCGCCUACGCUUAAGAGAGUCUCGACUGGCUCAGGACAAACUGAUGAUGAGGAAUAUGAGUGGUCAGACUCAUGGCUAGUGACAGGUGGGUCUGAUAGUAGUCUGCGUAAAUGGGAUGCUGUAACGGGGCGCUCAUCCGAGCGCAUGGGCACGGACAAAGUACGAGGUGAAAGGACUUUGGUGUGGGCAGUAUGUGCACUCGGGGACGGUACUAUUGUCUCUGGGGACUCCCUCGGAAUGGUCGAGUUCUGGGACUCAAGGACCUGCACUCAGUUGCAAAGCUUCCAAGGUCAUGGAGCUGAUGUACUGUGCCUCGCAGUCAGCCCUGAAGGGUCUGUUGUAUACUCUUCAGGCGUAGAUCAAAAGACGACACAAUAUUCACUCGUUAAAACGCACAUUACCGACAGCACAAGUACAGGACGGACAACUACCCGAUGGAUACAAUCAAGCUCUCGUCGAAUGCACUCACACGAUAUCCGUGCAUUAGCGAUGUGGCCGCCCUACACACCUCUCCCAACCUCCCACAAACGUUCUUUUCCCAUCGAUGUUGCUCCUGUACUUGCUUCCGGAGGUCUUGACAUGUCCGUUGUCGUUACGCCAGCCGCGCUUCCUUCUAGCACUGUCAAGAAGAUAAUAAAUCCACUUGCGACUAGUGUCGAGGCUACAUUUGGUGAUUCUUACCACCGACGACUGGCAUACGCCGCAGGACCAUCCAACGUGUCUUCUAUAUGCAUUUCCCGAAGUGCUCGUCUCGUUUCUUGCCUGAGAGAGGCCGGCGUGAGUAUAUGGAGAAUUAACCAACGCUCCGAGGAUGAUAUUGAUGCGGGAGAAACAGCCUCUGGAGAUGACGCUUGGGAGAAGGUCUUAGAGAUGGACCUCAAUGUCCACACCAAUCUUGUUGCGAGUGCUAUAUCAGAUGACGGUCGAUGGUUCGUCGUCUCCGAUCUAUACGAGACAAAAUUAUUUUCUUUGGCCACCGAUCCUAGGGGUGAUCUCACACCUAAACGAGUGCGCAACUUUGGAUCAAUACUACAAUCCCAGCUUCCUUUUACACCACAUUCGACAGGUGGACUAGCAUUCGCGUUUACCCCUGAUUCUUCCAAGCUUGUGAUGACAACGGCCAUGUCAUCGUGCGUCUUACUCAUAGACCUAGGAAAUGAUACCGAUGGACCAAAGGUUUUGCGAAGAUUCGAUCAUCACCGUCAGAGAAACGGCAUGGGCGGAGACCGAGUCACCAAAAAACUCAGGCCUGACGGGGAUGUUGAUAUGGAAGCUCCGGAAUCGGAGGCCGCGCUUGACAAUGAUUCAUCAUCUUGCGUAGCUGUCAACAUUCUGCGAAUUGCCGUCAGUGCUGACGGACAAUGGGCAGCGACUUCUGAUGACAACGCCCGGACUCAUGUCUUCAACCUGGACUCUAUCCAACACCAUUGCGUUCUACCUUCUUUUGCUCAUCCCGCUCAAACUUUGGCAUUUGACCCGUCAACGUCAAGUCUACUAACACUCGCCUUCCCCGACAACUCCAUUCAAAUAUACGACGUGGAAUCGCGACAGUUCCCCUCGUGGUCCAAGGGCCUUAUUGCGAAUCUCCCCCAGCGAUUCACACAAGCACAUGAUCCUGUUCUUGGUGCGACAUUUGAUCCUGGCUCACGACAGAGCACGCCGGACUCUUCACCGACAAAAUACGCCUUGUUCUGGGGUUCGACAUGGAUGUGUAAGAUCAACAUGGAUGGCUCCAACCUUAGCAACGGCGGAUUCAAUAAAAAGCGUCUGCGCGCGCACAACAUGAAACGGCCUGCAGCUCAGGAUCAGCACACAACCGACUUCAAGAUGAUCACUCAUUUCAGACCGAUCUUGCAUGCUGAUUUCAUUUCUCCUGGAGAGUUGGUUGUGGUUGAGAGGCCGUUGGUCGAUGUUCUUGCUACAUUGCCUCCAGCUUACUUCAGACACAAAUACGGGGCGUCAUGAAAUGUUGUAUGCUACUACAUGCUCUAUAUUUGACAAAAGUACACGUAUGACUAGUAUAGACUACAAUUAUUUCCGAUGAUGAGAGAAAUCCGUGAUUGAAUGCAAUAGAUAUGUAUAUAUAGUGGCCAUGUUGAAGAGAAGUUCAGUUCGAGUGAUCCCGUCUAUCUUGUUUUUGAUCCUCGCUGCCAGCG